AUGUCCGUCGAAGAAAGAACUUUUAUUGCUGUUAAACCAGAUGCUGUUCAAAGAGGUCUAGUAUCAAAGGUUAUUGAACGUUUUGAAACUAGAGGUUAUAAGUUAGUUGGUAUUAAGAUUAUUCAAGCUUCAAAAGAAUUAUUAGCUAAACAUUAUGAAGAACAUGUAGGUAAAUCAUUCUAUCCAAAGAUGGAAUCAUUUAUGAGUUCUGGUCCAAUCGUUGCUAUGUGUUGGGAAGGUAAAGAUGUUGUUAAACAAGGUAGAAGUAUGUUAGGUGCAACUAAUCCAUGUGCAUCUGCUCCGGGUACAAUCAGAGGUGAUUUUGGUAUUGAUUUAGGUAGAAAUGUUUGCCAUGGUAGUGACUCUGUUGAAAGUGCUAAGAGAGAAAUUGGUUUAUGGUUUAAAGAUGAAGAAUUAGUUAAUUGGACCUCUAAUCAAGCCAAAUGGUUAUACGAAUAG